AUGGCGGGUUGUUGUGGCCGCUGUUUCUGCUGUAAAUGCUGCUGCGCAGAAGCGGAGACCCAGACCCCGGAGGAGCUGACCAUUCUCGGGGAGUUCCAGACUGAGGAGGAGAUUCUGCCCAGGAAAGACUAUGAGAGUCUGGACUAUGACCGCUGCAUCAACGAGCCGUACGUGGAGCUCCUGGAGGGAAUCACUCCAGAGAAAGUGCGUGGGUUGGAGGCGGUGCGGUGGGUCCUGGUGUUUACCAUCGGAGUGACCGUGGGGCUGGUCGGCGUCUUUGUGGAUUUCUUCGUCCACAUUUUUACCAAAUUCAAGCUGGACGUAGUCGGAGCCUACCUGCAGAGCUGCUCAGACGCCUCCUGCCUCCUUCUCUCUGGUUUGCAGCUCGUGGCCUUUAACCUCAGCUUUGUGUUCCUGGCCUCAGCUCUGGUGCUGAUGCAGCCUGUAGCUGCUGGGUCUGGGAUCCCGGAGAUCAAGAGUUACCUGAACGGUGUGAAGAUCCCGGGCAUCGUGAGGCUGCGGACGCUGGUCUGUAAGGUUCUGGGAGUCAUACUGAGUGUGGCCGGAGGUUUGUUCGUGGGGAAAGAGGGUCCUAUGAUCCACUCUGGGGCCAUCGUGGGAGCCGGUCUUCCACAGUUUCAGAGCAUCACGUUCAAAUGGAUCCACAUGGACUUCCCGUACUUCCGCAGUGACAGGGACAAGCGUGACUUUGUGUCGGCCGGAGCAGCUGCUGGUGUGGCUGCAGCCUUCGGGGCUCCUAUAGGGGGCACUCUCUUCAGUCUGGAAGAGGGCUCCUCCUUCUGGAACCAGGCACUCACCUGGAAAGUGCUCUUCUGCUCCAUGUCGGCCACUUUCACUCUCAACUUCUUCCGCUCUGGUCUUUACUUCAACAAGUGGGGCUCGUUCCAGCUCCCAGGUCUGCUCAACUUUGGGGAGUUCAAGUGUGCAGAUGGAGAUAAGAGGUGUCACCUGUGGACAGCAGUGGACCUGGCCUUCUUCGUGCUCAUGGGGGUGGUAGGCGGCCUGAUGGGGGCGCUAUUUAACUGCAUGAACAAGUGUUUGGCCAAGUAUCGACUGAAGCGCAUCCACAACAAGGCACGACUGGUCAGGGUCCUAGAGAGCUUGCUGGUGUCUCUGGUGACCACACUUCUGAUCUUUGCUUCGUCUUAUUUCGUGGGAGAAUGUCUGCAGCUGCCUCAUCACAACACCACCGGCGGAGACGGCUCCUCCUCUGUGCGUCACUUCUUCUGUCCCAACAACACGUACAACGACAUGGCCACACUGCUGUUCAACCCCCAGGAGAAGGCCAUCCACCAGCUCUUCCACCAGGACGGCCUCUUCUCCCCCCUCUCCCUCUCUCUCUUCCUGGUCCUCUACCUGCUCCUCUCCUGUUGGACGUACGGCGUCUCUGUCCCCAGUGGACUCUUUGUGCCCUGUCUGCUCUGUGGAGCGGCGUCCGGGAGACUGGUGGCCAACGUCCUCAACCAGUUGUGGUGUGGGUGUGUGGUCCAGCCCCCUCCCCGCAGACCACUGAACCGGAAGAGCCUCGAGAAUGAAAGGAGAAGAGGUCAGGAGGACCUUCGAAAAGCUCGCUGUGAUGGAGUCCUCUGGGGGAGGUCUGGGGAUAGGUCGAGGCUGAGAGACAAAGAAAAACUCUAUCAGUUUCAAUCCAAUGAUUCCACCAAAUCUAUCCCGGGCGACUCGACCCUCCUCCGGCGUUCGUCUCCGGAGCGCCGCAGCCGGAGCGGCCUGAGGUGGGGGUUGCAGCUCACCUUCCGGCAUUGUCAGGCGGGGCAGCGUGACUCACAGGGCAGGAGCUGUGGGCCCGGCCCGUCCCGUCUUGGGGCCGGUCCACGCACCACAGAGGCACUCACCGCACACGCCCCCACGCUCCGUCUGCCGUCACCCUGCACCAUGUUACGGCUGUAG